AAAAUGACAAAUCUCAGCCACGAGGACAGUCACUGGGCCCUGAUGUCGGCCAUGAACUUGCUAGCGGACAAGGUGCCACACAUUAAGCCAUCGCUUGAGGUGCUAGCCCUGCGCUUCAAUAUGGCUCACAAGUGCCACAGCACAGGGCGAGACUACCAGUGUGAAGACACAGUGACUAUGGAUCGCCUCAUGGCCGAACUUUCCGCAGUAACCAAUGACUCACAGCAACGAGGCCACUAUCUGGAGGAUGACCUUGACAAUAUCAUUGACAUCAUCACUGGCUUGUCAGAGACACUGAGUAAUGCCAAGCACUGUGUCAGUGUUGCUGCCAUUCAGAAGGAUGGCUACCAUAUGAUGGAGCUCAUUGCCAAAUAUUAUCAAAUGGAGACACGUUGGAUCAUUCACUCCUGCCUACUUCUUUUGAUUGAGAUCAUCUGUCGUCUCAACCCUCAAGCCAUCUUGGAGUUUCUCUACUCAGAGCUGCCCCAGGAGCUGGUUGCUGAGAUGCAGCAGCAUCACAAUGAUGAUGCCAGAUUUCUACUAGUCUCCAAAACACUUGGAAUUAUUUUCAUGAGAGCAAAACCCUCCCCUCACAAACUGAGCUUGGCCAUGGAUCUCCACUUCUUCAUCUGGCUACUGGGCAUGAUUGAGAACCUUGCGGAGGUGAGUCGAGACAGCGACGUGGAGGUGGUGGUGGCGCUGGUCUGUGCCUACCACUUGCAGCACCAGGGGACCUCCCAGAACCCCGUCACAGAGGCACUGAAAAUGGCCCAGGGUCACACCUUGAUCGAGUCUGCUCUCAUGUUCCUCUCCAAGCACGAGGACCCGACAUCUGUGCUCAACUCUGGUAUACAGCCUAAGUGUAACUCCGUGAUCCUGUUGUUGACUCAUAUGUACGACCACCCAGACACCUCUGACCUGCUCUACACUAAUGAUGUGGAGGCUCUCAUCGGUAUAUUUGAGGAAUAUCUCCGAGAUUUGGGCCGAGAUGAUCCGGUGCGGGUGGAGAUGCUGGGUCUUGUGGAGAACUUCAUGCGGAACUAUCCAGACACCGUGUCCUUCCGGAUGGCCAUCAGCUCCCGCCUCGGGCCGCUGCUCGUCACUAUUCGAGAAGAGAAGGGACCCGUGGGAGAAAUAGCUGCUCGGAUCCUGGAUGACAACAUUAUUUUGUUUGACGACGUCUGAAGUUUUAAAAAAAAAUCAAAUUUUUUGUUUUAGUGAAUGCUUGCGAACCUGAAGAAGGAAAGAUGCAAGGUGCGGGUUUCCUGUUGAUUGUUACAGAGAUGCUGAUUUUCUGGAUUAAUUCGGAAACUUGGAUUUCUGAAAUUGUUCAGAUUUUGUCAGAUUCGUGCUUGUCAUUUUGCUCUUUUAUAGAAAUAGUCUUGAUACAAUUUGUAUGAGACAAUAAUAUGACCUGUAAGCGUCCAGUCCCCGUGCAUGCAUUUUCACGGGGUCUGAAAAGUUUUAGAUUAUAUUUUUUUCCAUAGCCUGUGAUGCCCUCUGUUGCUAGUUCCUCUGCUGAGCUACUACUGACUCUCGAGUACAUAUUUCUUUUUAUUUUGGUGCAAAACAAUACCAUCUUUGGGUAAGAUAUGGAAAGCGAAUCAUCUCCUUUGUAAUUGACAUGUAGAGGCAAUAAGUAAAUGAAGGCACAUAACUUUUGCAAAAAUCUUGAAUGUAUAAUAAAGAGGUUUCUUUGCUAUUAUUGGCUGCUGACAGGCAGUAUGACGCGGCCUGCUGUUGAUUUUAUAUUUUAUCCUUUUUGGUAGUGAAGGAUACGAGGUUGGUAGUGAAGUAUACGAGGGAGGUUAAAUUACCGCUCUUCAAGCAGAACCCAGAUUUUCUGUAAUCCUGUGUGAAUGGUGGGCUGAUUGGUGGUACUCUGUGCUGGGCCGGCCUUUUCUCAGACAGAAAGCCUAGAAUGGGAGAUGCCCUGUAAUUGACAUCUUUGGUUUGAAAGGAGCGGAGACCAUGGGGGUCUUUUGUUCUUAUAAAGCUUUGACACUUAAAUACAGAUUUCAUGGCUUAUUGUUUAUAUUUCCAAGUAUGUUAAUUGUCUCAUCAGAGAUUUAACAGAUUUUUUUGAUGUCCAUUAUAUUUUUCUUUGUAAAGCACAGAUUUGACUCAAGAUCUCACCUUUUCUUUUGAUGCAAAACAUUGUCUUCCUUUUGUAAAAAAAUAACUAAAUACUUGGUUUCUGCUUUU